AAGCACUGCAGGAUUUUUUUAUAAAGCACAGCUCACAUUUGGCAGACAGAUAAAGCUCACAGAGCAACUUUACCAGUGGACAGAGACUGAGUGAGUGAUAGAAGAGAGAGUAGUGACACCUUUGCUCAGGAUUCUGUCUGGGGAAAGGGAUGAUAAGCUCUCACUUCGGACUGAACUGUUGGAUACCUGUGGCUCGCUUAACGUGAAGUACUACUUUUGGGAAAAGGACAAGUCCUGAAGUUAGACUGAACAGUUGGAUACUCGUGUGAAGGAUUGCUUAGAAUUAAAUAGUACUUUGGGGAAAGAGACAAAACAGUCAGGAUUCCGUGCUGUUUGAGUAGUUUGUUUUAGCGGGUCUUGGAGGUGUGGUAGAGUAAAUAUCUGAAUAACUUCAUGCUUUUUAAAAUCUGAUUCAUGACACUUAUUAAAUCAGUGCCAGCGAUGCGGUUUUAAUUGCUUUUUGGUGAGGACGAUGACAAGCCUUUGAGUCAAUUGUACAGAGAGGGAAAGUACUCUUCAGGGAAAAGGAGAAUGGGCCAGAGCAGAAUGACCUCCCUCUUCUCUCCAGACACUGUAGUGCUGCUGUGCCUCCUCCUCCACUCCACAGAGGGAACCUGCCCCUCCAUCUGUCUCUGCACCUCAGACACACUGAGCUGUGGCUCCCAGGGCCUCACCAGACUGCCCCUCCUCCUGCCCCCCACCACCGUCACCCUCGACCUCAGCUACAACCGGCUGGGCUGGCUGGGCCCCGGCAGCUUCUCCAGCCUGCCCAAACUUGACACCCUCCGCCUGGCAAACAAUCAGCUCACGACGCUGGGCCAUGGGGUCUUCCAGAACACCUCCAGCCUCCGUCACCUGGACCUGUCCUCCAACAGGCUGCGGGUGCUGGAGCAGCACUUCCUGCAGGGUCUGUGGAGGCUGGAGGAGCUGCUGCUCUACAACAACCAUAUCACCCGCGUGGAGGGUGGGACGCUGAGCGGUCUGAGCAGUCUCAGGAAGGCUUACUUCAGCCUCAACCAAGUCACAGAAUUCCCCUUCUUUUCCAUACGGGACCACAGUCAUCCGUUUCUCACCAUGUUGGACCUGUCCUCCAACCGUAUGACCACACUACCCUGGGAGGAUGUGAAGGCACUGCCGGGGUCAGUGCAGAAGGGGCUGUACCUCCAUAACAACUCUCUGGUGUGUGAGUGUUCCAUGUACAGUGUGUUCUGGCACUGGGAGCAGAGGGGCUUCGACUCGGUCAGGGACUUCACAGAUGAGCACACCUGCCUGAUCUACGGCGAGCCGCGCGCCUCGGUCCGAUUCCUCCGACACUCCCUCUACUUCCAAAACUGCACAGUGGGGAAGGUGGUCUCUUUGCCCAUGGCUGUUCUCCUCUCCAACCUCAUGGUGAACGAGGGGGAGAGGGUCCAUCUGGACUGCCAAACCUCCCUCAGAGGUAAAGAGCUGUCAUACACAUGGGUCUCUCCAAAUCAGGAAUACCUGACCCAGACGAGCUUCAAUGACACCCUCAUCAACGUGUUCCCUAACGGGACCUUGGAGAUCCCAGCCGCCAAGCUGAAUGACUCGGGACUCUACUUGUGUACAGCCCUGGACUACAAACACAUGCUGAAUGCAACCAGGGAGGUGAAUGUCACCGUGAUCCGCCCCAUGCCUGACACCUUCAACACGGGCUACACCACCUUACUGGGUUGCGUGGUCACCCUGGUAGUCAUCCUAAUGUACCUCUACCUAACGCCCUGCCGCUGUGGGUGCUGUAAGCAGCCCCUGCCUCCGGCCAUCCCGAUCCCUGCCUACGACCCAAACACCCUGGCCUCCAUCUUCUCCCCCACACUGAGCCACAGGGACCCAACCAAGGCCAACAUCAACAAGCGGGUGGUGUUCAUGGAGCCUCUGAUGGAGGAGCAGAACGGGGAUCUGAGGGCCACCCUGGCCAGGGAGCAACCAGGGUUGCAGUGGGAGUGGGGCACCAGCGGACUCUCCUAGUUAACCUAUCAGAGCCUGUCGCUGACAAAGAGCACUUUAAGAAUUGAGCCCAUGACUUACAAUAGACAUGUAUCAGGUGGUCUGAAUGGAACACAAACAUGACAUCCUCGUUCCUCUUUCUCUGCUGGAAGGCUUUAUCUAACCGGACUAUCCUCAAAUGAUCGCUGAGCCCUGGAGAGAGUGUGAAAGAGAGACCCUCACAGGUCUGUAUAAGGGCUCUAACUAAUGUUCCUCCUCUUUCCUCCUUCGUCUUAUUGAAGACCAGGUUGAGUUUUGCAAGACUGUAUAUUUCUGUCCAUGCUAUUGUGGAAGGUUAGAGCAAAGUUAAUUGAACGGCACAAACUUUGGCACUGGAGAGAUUUAUCUUCUCUCCUUAAAAUCAUGAACUCCAAACGCAUUGGUCCUCCCUCCUCCCUGAAGUGUAAAAAUAUUGCAUUGGUGUAAGCAUGGGAAGAUUGUAGACAGAUUUCCUAUUAUAUUUAACAUGAGCUAAUUCCUUUUAAAUCCAUAAAUGGAUGUGAGUGCAUGAGCAGACACAUUCGGGUGAAAGGUCUGGGACAGAAUUGGGGAACACUGAUGAAGUCCUAUUGGGACAUUUUGGACUUGGCUGACAUCCACAAAAGCUGUUAGAGUAAUAGAGUUUUUGGAAUUGUAUUUUUUUUUUCCUUCAUGGGAUUAAAGUUAAGCGUGAGUAUAUCAGGUCACCGGCGAACCACACUCCCCCGCAAAUAUACACUACUGUUCAAAAGUUUGGGGCCACUUAGAAAUGUCCUUGUUUUAGUUUUUUGUCCAUUAUAAUAACAUCAAAUUGAUCAGAAAUUCAGUGUAGACAUUGUUAAUGUUGUAAAUGACCAUUGUAGCUGGAAACAUCUGAUUGUAAUGGAAUAUCUACAUAGGCGUACAGAGGCCCCUUAUCAGCAACCAUCACUCCUGUGUUCCAAUGGCACGUUGUGUUAGCUAAUCCAAGUUUAUCAUUUUAAAAAGGCUAAUUGAUCAUUAGAAAACCCUUUUGCAAUUAUGUUAGCACAGCAGAAAACUGUAGUGCUAAUUUAAAAAAGCAAUACAACUGGCCUUCUUCAGACUAGUUGAGUAUCUGGAGCAUCAGCAUUUGUGGGUUUGAUUACAAAAAGUUCUCAAAAAGUUCUUUGAAACAUUUAGUUCAUUCAUUCUGAUUGUCAUAAGGCUCCAUGACUUUGUCCACACAGGGCAUCUGAACACACAAAUACAUUGAUGAUUUUCAUAAAAAUUUGGGCUGUUUUAUUUAACUUUGUACACCUGUGGUGUUCCCGGUCAAAAAUAACCGGUCAUUAGAAAUGAAUGGGUGAGACUACAAUUAGUGUAUAAAAUUGAGUUCAGGCACAUGCCCAUUCAUCAGAUGGACACACUUCCUUUCCCAGACCCACACAUGCAUGCUUGUUUGAGCAAACACACACACACACACACACACACACACACACCUCACUCCCCUUCUUGGCUUCCAUGGCAACCCCCACGGGAACCUUUCCCCAAUAGAAUCUUUCCCCCACAGGAACCACACCUGUUAGCAUUUUCCGAAACAAUCGCAACAUUGUUUCAAUACUAUAUAGAACUUUUCUUGCAGCUCUGGUAUAAAGCUUUUUUGAGGCGUUGCUUACAAUUCAUUUUGUGGCAGCACAAUGACCAAACGAUAUACUGUAUGUGAGGCUCUUGAUCAUCUCUUUGAUAAUGACACUGGUGAGGAGGAGAGAGACCAGGAAACUGACAGUGAAGAUGCAUUAGAGGAGGAAGUGUCAGAAGUUGAAGACAACACAGAAUAUGAUCCAGACCAAGAGACAACCGAUGUGGAACAUUCCAGUGAUGAGGAAGGGGGCCCUGCUGAGGUUGAUGUUACAUUCCAGUGAUGAGGAAGAGGGCCCUGCUGAGGUUGUUGUUACAUUCCAGUCAAAGAAUGGGAAUUUGUCCUGGUCUUCAUCCCCA